AUGCGCUUGCCUGAAUGUGUGCAUGCGUUUGGGCCUUCUGAUGCUGGGGGAGAGGGGGGUGAGGGAGGGACAUCUUUGCCCUGCUUCUGUCACUCUAUCACCGCCGCCUUCACCCAGGUCCAGCUCAGGUCCAGCUCAGGUCCAGCUCAUGUCCAGCUCAGGUCCAGCUCAGGUAUAGCUCAGGUCCAGCUCAGGUCCAGCUUAGUUGCUGAAGGCAUAUUAGGGCAGAGGGUGUGGAGGGGAGGGGCCGUGCGCUCUGAGGGGGGUGUCAUGGAAGUGUGGCUGGGGUGGGUGGGGUGUCGGGGGUGA